AUGGUAGAAGAAUUGAAAGCAAUUGAGAAGAAUGGAACGUGGACAAUGACAGUGUUGCCUAAACAUAAACAUCCGAUUGAAGUCAAGUGGGUCUUCAAGACAAAAUUGAAACCAGAUGGAAGCGUCUCCAAGUUAAAGAUGGACAUGAAAUCAGCCUUCUUAAAUGGCCCGCUGGAAGAGGAAGUGUAUGUGACACAACCUCCUGGAUUCGUGAAGAAAGGUAACAAUGCAAAAGCAAUUGCUGAGUUCAAAACAGAUAUGAAAAGAGACUUCGAAAUGAAUGACCUUGGUAGCCUAGGAUAUUUCCUCGGCUUGGAAUUUUAUCGAACACAUGAUGGGAUGUUUGGGCAUCAGAAGAGAUACAUCGGCGAAAUUCUGAAACGCUUUGGCAUGGAAAGUUGCAACAGUGUGAGCACACCCGUGAUAGCUAAUAUCAAACUGGAUCUAGAACCCAGCAACGAGAAGGUAGACGCUACUCUGUUCAAACAGAUAGUUGGAUCACUCAGGUAUAUGUGUAAUAGUAGACCCGACUUUUGCUAUAGCGUGGGAUUGGUCAGCAGGUUCAUGGGAGACCCCAGACAGGCGCAUCUUUUUACUGUCAAACAUAUUUUAUGUUAUCUGAAGGGAACAACUGAGUAUGGUCUGUUUUUCCUUAAGAGGUUUGAAGGAGUGACAAGAAAUUUAAAAGCUUGGGUCAACUCUGACUGGUGUGGAGACCAAAUUGACAGGAGAAGCACUUUCGGGUUUGUGUUCAAGUACAUGGGAUCAGCGUUCAGCUGGUGCUCGAGAAAGCAGAGUAUCGUACCUCUAUCAUCCUACGAGGCGGAAUAUAUCGCAUCUGCUGAAACUGCACGCCAGAGCACAUGGCUUGAUACAAUGUUGGAAGAAUCAUUAGUUGAGUGUUGCAAACCGAUACAACUUUGGGUUGACAAUAGAUCAGCAAUCAAUUUAGCCAAAAACCCUGUCUCACAUGGCAGGAGUAAACAUAUUGAGACUAGGUUUCAUUACCUAAGAGAGCAGGUUAAUAAAGGGAGACUUGAAAUGAUGUAUUGUUCAACAGUAGAUCAAACUGCUAACAUUUUCACCAAGGCACUACGUCAAACUCGCUUUGAAGAACUUAGAGAUAAACUUGGUGUUAAAAGGUUUCAGUAG